UUUCCUUUUUUUGUCUAGAAAAUAUUAUACUGUCAUCAGUUGAAGAGACAACUGUCAUGUAUAUGUAAGAUGCAACAAGUGCCAGUGUUACAGUGCACAGUGGCUCCAGUGGAGGGGAAACUGUGUCACAGUGCACACCGCAGCAUCCCAGUGAUCAAACCAGACAGACUGAAAACAGCCAAAGCGCAGGUGGAACAAGCAGUUAAGUUGCGAAAAGUGUUUUCAGUGCAGGGCCCCUAUCCUGUGAUUCGUGGUGCAUUACGUGCCAGAGGAUGGGUGGAGCGUCGUUUGCCCCAUCUGGUCCAGAGAGUGUCUCAGUGCCAUAAUGAUGAGGAGGAGGAUGGUGAUGCGGUGGAGAGAGUGGAUGAAGGGGAGAAAGAGGAGAAGCUUGAUGACAUGUAUGACCUCAUAUCCCAUCUGGUUCGAAAUGAAACUGCAUAUUUCUACUGGACGACUCGCCGGGAUGACAUCGAUUGCAGCACCUUGCGGAAUGACCAAAUGACCAAUCACUAUGCAAAUGCUGGAACAUUUACCACCAAGGUGGGGCUCUGUGUGAACCUGAGGAACCUGCAGUGGUUUGACACAGCAGAUCCUGAUACCUUCUUCCCACGAUGCUACAGACUCGGAGCAGAGGAUGAGAGGCAUGCAUUCAUAGAGGACUUCAGGAGAACAGCGUGCACCAGCCUGCUGCAGUAUGUGGUGGAGACAAGUGGACAGAGGAGAAACGGUGCACAAGUCCAGGGGGCAGACAUGGAAGAUGCAGCACAUCAAUUUGUUGGUCAGGGAGUGAUUGACAUGGCUUUAAACGCUUGUCAGGAAUUCCUCAGUGCCCUAGACCACAGUGACAUUGAUGUCACCAUGGAGACGCCCUCCUCAGUGAAGGACCAGCAGUGGUCAGAGUUUCUGCAGCACUACUACAUGAUUGUGCAUGAAGGAGCACCGUUGAAGGGCAAUGCUGCAUUUGUGCAGCAUUGCCAGGCCACAAUAUCCAGACUGCAGCAGGUUUGCCCUCAGCUGGACACAGAUGGAGUAAAUAACAUCUGGAUCAUCAAACCAGGUGCCAAGUCGAGAGGACGAGGUAUUGUUUGCAUGAAUCGCCUGGAUGAUAUUUUAGCACUUGUGGACAGUGACAGAGCUCUAACCAAGGAGAGUAAGUGGGUGGUUCAGAAAUACCUGGAGCGUCCUCUGCUGGUCUACGGCACCAAGUUUGACAUCCGCCAGUGGUUUCUCGUAACUGACUGGAACCCCCUGACUGUCUGGUUCUACAGAGAUUGCUACCUCAGGUUUUCCACACAGCCGUUCUCGACAAAGAGUCUGCACAGUUCAGUCCACCUGUGCAACAACUCCAUCCAGAAGCACUUCCAGCCGUCCCUGGACCGCCAUCCAGGAGUCCCAGAAGACAACAUGUGGUCCUGCUCUCAGUUUCGUGUUUUCCUCCAGCAGCAGGGCCGAGAGGCAGAGUGGGAGUCGGCCGUGGUCCCAGGUAUGCAGCAAGCUGUGAUCCGUGCUCUGCAGACAACCCAAGAUCUGGUUGAGCCCCGCAAGGCCAGUUUUGAGUUGUAUGGAGCAGAUUUUAUGUUGGGCAGAAACCUGAGGCCUUGGCUUCUGGAGAUCAACGCCAGUCCAACUAUGGCCUGUUCCACUGCUGUGACGGCGCGCCUCUGUCCAGCUGUGCAGCUAGACACACUAAGGGUUGUGCUUGACUGGCGGACAGAUCCCCACGCUUACACAGGAGGGUUCCAGAUGAUCUACAAACAGGCUGCAGUUGUUGUUCCUCAAUAUUUGGGAGUGAACCUGUUGGUGGAGGGAGCCCCAGUAAGGUGUUCCAGGCCUCCAUCGCACCUACACCGUGCCAUUUACAACCGAUCUCUGACCCGCCGGCUUCCAUCUGAAAAAGCUGACAUGGUGCAGAAAUCAUCAGACAUUAAUCUCCACAGAUUUUCUGCACUUGGUUCUUCAGGCAAACAGAACCAAGCGGUACAAGAGCCAAAGCUGCAGCUGCCAUCACUACCUCCUACAAGGGAACAUGAGAGGAAAAUAACAAAUUGGAGUUCUUGUCACAGGGUUUACUGCAGUUCAGCAUCUGAACACACUUUGCUCCCUCUCACUGAACCUCAGAAGAACACUCAACGUUUAUCUUUUAUCAGCAACGAAGCAACUCUACGUACAAGAUGUAUUUCAUUGACCUUUAACCCGCUUCACAGCACGCCACAAUCUAAAGCUCAUCCCAGCCAACCACAUGUAGCGCACGUGUCCAGAUUCUUCCUGCCAUGUGCAGCGUUCAAACCUCAGCACAGCACUCUGACACCGACCUGUCUGUCAACAUGCAAGGUCCUGCCUGCUCUGAAGGUCGCCAGCUUACCAUCCAGUAUCCUGUCGGUCACCAGUCGUGACCCCGAGUUCUCUGAUUCCAGGCGUCGCAGGUCUCACUUAUUUAUCUGCUCACACAGCGAGGCCACAUGCAAAGGAGAGAGUACAGUGGAUGACAAACGUUAGCUCCGAAUAUUCAGAACAUGGAAGCAA